AUAGCUCUCAAGACCGUUUCAUUUUCUCUCUCUCUCUCUCUCUCACGCUUUGCUCUCUCUCAUAUAUUUUCAUCUUCUAUAAUCUUCGCAGUGCAUUUGCAGAUCUCUGUCUUUAGUUUCUGUUCCUCUCUUCGCCUGGAUCUGCAAAUGCGCGGCGUUUCGACUUCCUCUCUCCUCCGAUUCUUCAUUUCUCGGUUUUCCAAGCUUAGUUCGCUUGUCCUGUUGUUUCGCGGGGAGGAAAUUUGUAGUUAGGUUGAUUUAUAAUGAUUUGGAGAGCUUAUUGCGAAGAGAAACGUUGUCGAGUGGGAAUUGGGGUAUGCAGAUUUAUUCAUCUACAAGGAAACUAUGGAAGGUGAUAGAACAAAAUCGACUCCUUCAGUUGGGCUCAGCAUCAGCGAUGGUGCUCAGACGAUGCGAGCUCUUCAUGGGAGGACUAGUGGUCCUACAAGACGUUCUACAAAAGGGCAAUGGACAGCUGAAGAGGAUGAGAUUCUGCGCAAAGCUGUUCAACGCUUCAAAGGAAAAAACUGGAAAAAGAUAGCGGAGUGUUUCAAGGAUCGGACUGAUGUACAGUGUUUACAUAGGUGGCAAAAAGUCUUGAAUCCAGAACUUGUUAAAGGGCCAUGGUCAAAAGAGGAGGAUGAGCUAAUAAUUGAGUUGGUGAACAAAUUUGGGCCUAAAAAGUGGUCAACCAUUGCUCAGCACUUACCUGGACGUAUUGGAAAACAAUGCAGAGAAAGGUGGCAUAAUCAUCUUAAUCCUGCCAUAAACAAAGAGGCAUGGACUCAGGAAGAAGAACUGGCUUUGAUUCGUGCUCAUCAGAUUUUUGGGAACAGAUGGGCAGAGCUCACAAAGUUCUUGCCAGGAAGGACAGACAAUGCAAUAAAAAAUCACUGGAACAGUUCGGUAAAAAAGAAAUUGGACUCUUACGUAGCAUCCGGCCUUCUAGACCAAUUUCAGUUCCCCCUUCUUGCAAAUCAAAGCCAGCCUAUGCCUUCAUCUUCUUCAAGGGUGCAGAGCAAUGUAGAUGAUAGUGGUGCCAAAUGUAGGACAGAAGCAGAGGACAUAUCAGAAUGCAGCCAAGAAUCAAGCAUGAUUGGCUGCUCUAAGUCUGCAAGUGAUAUGGCUAAUGCUGCUGUAAAUACAAGAGAGCAGCAAUUCCACUUGUCUGAAAUGCCUGGUGUGGCAAAGGAGAAGAUUUCCAGUCCAGCGCUAUGUUCAGAAGAGUAUUACCCAUCUUUGGAAGAUGUCAAUUUCUCCAUUCCAGAAAUAUCUUGUGAAGCAGGGUACUCUGCUAGUGGGGAUUAUCAGUUUAGUUUACCAAAUCUACCUAAUAUUUCUUCCAUAGAAUUGGGGCAAGAAUCAUCAGGGUUGCCAACUCACUGUAUAGAUGCUAGCGAAAGCCAUGAAGUGAUGAAUGCUGCAUUUCAAACUUCUGUAGGAUUAAAUGCUCCUACAUCUUUUGUAAAUAUGGUUACAACUUCUGACAAACCAGAGCUUAUGUUGAUAACUGAUGAUGAAUGUUGUAGGGUCCUAUUCUCGGAGGCAGUGAAUGAUGGAUGUUUUGCCUCUGAAAAUUUUACACAAGGAUCUAAUAUUGUUGAACUGGGUGGCUGCACAAGUUCAUCACUUUGUCAGGCUUCAGACAUCCAAAUAUCUGAAACUGGAAGAACUCCAGCCUCACAAUCUAAUUGUCCUUCAAGGUCUGAAGUAUUAGCGACAUCAUGCUGUCAGUAUUUUGUGUCUCCUUCAGUUGCUUCAGUGGGGUAUGGCACACUUAUGUCUGGCAGAGAGCCCAGUCAGUUAAAUGGUCAACCUUUUGGACCUCAAGAGCAGGAAUUUACUAUGAAUGCACAUGAUGGCUUUAUCUAUACUAAUGAUGAUCAUACAGAUAAUACAGACCUGCCAGAGCAAUUAUACCUUGCCAAGGAUUCUUUGAAGUUGGUUCCGGUGAAUAGUUUUGGUUCAGAAUCUGAUGCAAUGCAAACUUGUGCCACUGUGGAUGAUGAGCCAAACUUGCCUGAAGAACAAGAUGUUGGAGCUCUAUGUUAUGAGCCACCUCGAUUUCCAAGCUUGGAUAUUCCAUUUUUCAGCUGUGAUCUUAUACCAUCUGGCAGUGAUAUGCAGCAAGAAUAUAGUCCCCUUGGUAUUCGCCAGCUGAUGAUGUCUUCCAUGAACUGCAUCACUCCAUUUAGGUUGUGGGAUUCACCAUCUCGAGACGAUAGUCCUGAUGCUGUGUUAAAAAGUGCUGCCAAAACUUUUACUGGUACACCAUCCAUAUUGAAGAAACGCCACCGUGACCUUUUGUCACCUUUAUCAGAAAGAAGAAGUGACAAAAAGCUGGAAACUGACAUGACAUCCAGUUUGACCAAAGAUUUCUCUCGUUUGGAUGUUAUGUUUGAUGAGAGUGGGACUGGCAGCACAUCUCAGGCUUCUCAAUCUGAACCUAAAACCCACUCUGGUGCCUCCAUGGAAGAAAAAGAAAACCUAUGCCAAGCAUUUAAUGGGGAGCAAGACAAUGGGGGAGAUCGCACUGAAUCGUUUGAUGAUAAAGCUCAGAAGAAAGAUUCUAAUGGAAUUAAUUCCCAUGGGAAUAUGGCAAAAGAAGCCUGCGAUAUUGAUACAAAGGACAAAACUGAUGCUGACGCUUCCAAUAAAGUUGUCCAACGGCCUUCAGCAGUGCUUAUUGAGCAUAAUAUAAAUGAUCUUCUAUUGUUUUCUCCUGAUCAAGUUGGUCUUAAAGCAGACAGACCAUUAUUGGCUUCAAGCACACGAACUCCAAGAAAUCAGUUUCAUAAAAGCUUUGGAGCUAUAUCAAAUCAGGGUUUUGCUUCUGAAUGCUUAUCCGGAAAUGCAUGCAUAGUUGUUAGCUCUCCUACUUUGAAAAUAAAGAACAGUGAAGGCCACUCAAUUGCUGUUACUACUGUGCAAUGUGUGACUUCAUCAGCAACCGCAGAGAAUUUGGUUGAUAAUGCUGGGAUUGAUGCUGCUAUUGAAAAUCAUAAUAUAUUUGGUGAAACUCCAUUCAAAAGAAGUAUCGAAUCCCCAUCAGCGUGGAAGUCUCCUUGGUUCAUCAACUCUUUUGUUCCGGGUCCAAGGAUUGACACAGAAAUAACAAUCGAGGACAUAGGAUAUCUUAUGAGCCCUGGGGAUAGAAGCUAUGAUGCCAUUGGGUUGAUGAAGCAAUUAAGUGAGCAUACCGCGGCUGCUUAUGCUGAUGCCUUGGAGGUUUUGGGAAAUGAAACUCCGGAAUCAAUUGUAAAGGCGAGACGAUCAAACAAUCCUAACGUCAACGAGGACAAGGAGAAUAACCAGUUGGAAAGCCGGUCACAUUUGGCUUCAAAUAUCCUGGCAGAGCGCCGGACUCUUGAUUUCAGCGAAUGUGGAACACCUGGAAAGGGAACUGAAAAUGGGAAGUCGUCAACCGCCAUGAGUAGUUUCUCAAGCCCCUCCUAUCUUUUGAAAGGUUGCAGAUAGUGACUUCUUUUGGCUAAAAAAGCACACCCCACCCCACGCCCUCCGCGGCAACGUAUUACUGUUUGUAGUCUAUACCAUAUAUAUAUGUAUGUCAUUUUUUUUUGUUUUAAAAAUUUGAAUUCAAUUUGUUGUGGAUCUAAUUAAUUAAUUGAUAAAAAGAUUGUUCAAGUGCAUAAAAGAUUCUUUCAGUA